UGAGCGUGCACCCGCGCCCACAACAGACCAAGUUCUAAGGUUCUGUUAAGCCAAACAUGUUUCCCUGGACAUUUGCUUUGGCGUUAAACCUCGUCUUAGUGGUCAACGCCGCUACAAUUUCAGACCUGCGAGAGAUGCUACUGGCAAAUAAAAUUUGGGUGGUAUGCCGAAAUUACGUCAGGAUAUUGUACGCUUUUGAUUACGAGUGUGAUUACUUUGUACCAAACCUAGUCGUAAUUGACAAAUACCACAUUGAGAAACACUACAAAUAUUCUGGAAAAUGGAAAUCGGAAACUCUUAAAGGAUACCUCUAUCCAGAGAAAAAUAACACAAGAGGGCCUAGGCUGAAACUGUGGUCAUCAUUUCAUGAAGACGACAGCUACGAGAUGAUUUAUUGGGACCGCUAUGAAGGUUGUGCCAUUAUGAAACGAGGAAAAGGAAAGUGCGAGAUGUUCGUGCGUAACAAGUAUAUUGAUUAUGCACAAACGAAUUGCUAUUUGAAAGUUGCGAAGCUCUGUGGUGCAUAUUGUAGCGAUAAGGUUUAUACGGGUUCCUGCAAGCGAUCUGGGAAAAGCAAUUUUUUGUUUGACUGGAUGAACUAAGCGGACACCAUAAACGUCGCUUUACGAAAGAAAGAAUGUUGAAUAAUAAACUGCUGUUCUCGUGGGUCUCAUUAUUGCC